CGGUUUCUGGUUAGGGUGGGUUUUAAUAGUCACAGUGGGCACAACAUCUCCAAUGCACUUCUUUAUAAACACACUCACGAGUCAGCGUAUAGGUCAAUGUUGUUCUCUGAGGCUGACCGGGAACAUGUUCCAGUCCGCGUGAUCAAAACAAUCUUGAAGCGUGGCUUCCGAUUGGUCAGACCAGCGAUGAAUUGUUCUCGUCACAGGUACAUCCGGUUUUAUUUUCUGCCUAUAAGACGGUCGGAUUUGCCGAAGGGAGGGCUUUGUAUGCAUCGCGGGAGUUAGAGUAGCAGUUGUCGGGAGUAUUAGCCCUGUGUGUCGUGCAAUCAAUAUGCUGAUAGAAUUUAGGUAGCCUUGUUCUCAAAUCAUAGCUGGGACCGAGAGACUGCUAAACAGCUUCUAUCUUCAGGCCAUACUGGUUUGCAGUUAUCCCUAGCCGGCCUCCACCCAGUACCCUGCCCUGAACCUUAGACACUGUUCUAGCCAGCUACCACCCGGUUCUCUCCCUGCACCUUAGAGACUACUGCACUGUACAUAGAGUCAUUGAACACUGGUCACUUUAUGUUUACAUACGGUUUCACCCAUUUUCUUCUGGAUUAUGUGUGUAUAUAUAUUUUGUAUUGCUAGGUCUUUGAUGAAAAUGGCAAGGACGUCACCCCACAGCCUCUCUACCAGCCGGACCCUGCAGCAGUGAUGUCGAAACACAGUAAGAUCUUUGCCAGUGACACCUCUGGUGGCACCAUGUCAGACUUCUACUCUACGGCAUACCAGACAACAACCAACGCUAGCUUCGCUGGGCCUUUUACCAGGUCAGUGUUUGGAAGCAGCACAGUGUCCAGAGGGAGCCAGUCCACGAUGGAGUCGAUGAAUGAAGAGAUUGAGGACCCAUCCUCCAAAAGGGACAUCUCCAUCAGUCUCUCAGAUGUCCAGGUGAGGAGGGAAGAGGUGAAAGAGUUGAUAAAGGAGGAGAUGUUGGACGACGUGGUGGAUCGGUACCUCAUCGAGUCAGAGACCCUCUGGCUACUGCACAUGCCAGCCGUCUCUGUGUCUGUGGACUCUGAGGAAGCUGAAUCUGUCAAAGAGAGAAACAAUCUGUACAUGGAGCUGUGUAAGAACAGAAUGGGGAAUGAUAAGUACGUGGAGCGUUCCAUGCAAACGUUCAACGGAGCGCCCAAGACCAAGGAGGUCCAGAGUGAGGCCAUCACCAUGGUGGAUGCAGCCACCACAGCCACCACCUGGGAUAUGUAUGACUCAUUCCGCAGCGCAGGGCUGGGGGAGGCUGCCUUGUCUCCAGACACAGACAAGGCCAGCGUCCCUGAGAUUGUCUCCAAUCACAGACUGGACCCCACCAGAGCCCCCGAGAGAACCAUGUCUGUCAUCAGCACCACUAGCAUAGCGAGUGCCUCUAGCUCGCGGAUCGAGAUUGAGCCUUUCGUGGUUCCCUCUGAAGAUGAACCGGACCCGGAACUGGUUCUGCAGUCAGAGAAGUUCCAGCAGGAUCUGUUCGUGAUGGAAAGGAUCAUUCUGGAGAACAUCUACCAGCCGAAGCUGGCUGCAUACAGACAGCUCCCCACAUUGGAAGAUCCUGACAGUGUGCCCAAGGUUGUGCCCACGGUGGUGAGCAGGAGAGAGGAGAGUUCCCUGGAUGAGGAGAGCACUCUGACCCCUGCCCUGGAGCGCCUCUGGUCCUUCAGCUGUGAGCUGACUUCAGGACACAACGUCAGCAGUAUGGCCUGGAACAAGAGGAACCCAGACCUUCUUGCAGUGGGGUAUGGACAGUUUGAUUUCAAAGACCAGAAAUCAGGCCUGAUCUGCUGCUGGUCUCUGAAGAACCCCACGUGGCCUGAGAGGGUCUUUACCUGUGAGAGUGGAGUGACUACUUUGGACUUUUCGGCAAGCAAUGCCAGCCAGCUAGCUGUGGGGAUGCAUGAUGGCAGCAUAGCCACCUACAAUGUCGAGAGCAGAGAGAAGACACCCGUCAUUGACAGCAGUGACUGUGCCCACAAGCACACAAGCCCUGUGUGGCAGGUAAGGUGGAUCGACCAUGAGAGGGGUGCCUCGGGGGAGGACAAGGGAGAGACACUCAUCUCUGUGUCUGCAGACGGCAGGAUCAGCAAGUGGUUCCUGCGGAAAGGCCUCGACUGCAUAGACCUGAUGAAGCUGAAGAGGACGAGGAAUGAGAAAGACAAGAAGCAGGUUGGAGACAAAGAGAAGAAGAGCGAGGCACUCAUAUCACGGCAGGCACCAGGGCUCUGUUUUGACUUCCAUCCCACGGACUCCAACAUCUACAUUGCUGGUACAGAGGAGGGCCACAUCCACAAGUGUUCCUGUUCCUAUAACGAACAGUUCCUGGAGACCUACAUAGCACACAAAGGCCCUCUGUACCGGAUCACAUGGUCUCCGUUCUGCUCAGAUGUCUUCCUGAGUUGCUCCUCUGAUUGGACGAUCCAGCUGUGGCGGCAGGACCUGUUCACUCCCGUGCUGGGCUUCACCUCGACCCAGAGUGCCGUCUAUGAUGUCAUGUGGUCCCCCAAGUGGGCCACCGUGUUUGGGGCCGUCAACGAGGGACGCGUGGAGAUCUGGGACCUGGGAGCCAGCAUACAGCAUUUCCACCAUGCCCUUGUCCCUCUCCCAAGCCUGGACCCCACCAUAGUGAGCCUGGCCAGUCCCGGGGUGAAGCUGACCUCCCUGCUGUUUGCUACUGAGACAGACUGUAUCCUAGUGGGGGACAGUGACGGGCAGGUCAGCAUCUACCAGCUCAAGAACCUCACCGUAGGAGAGGGAACACAGGUGGCUGCGUUAGAGGACAUCAUCGGCUCCACCCUGGCCAGUCAGCUGUGAGCGGGACAGAGCCAGCCGUGGGUGGGGGGACACACCGGGACUAUGUAUCCCCUAAAGCCUGCCUCAUCCACUAUGUCAUCAUCAGCUGUCUGUCGCCAUAAUGUUUGGUCCCCAGGGACUGCAUCUUUGUCUGUUUUUAUAUUGAGAAAAAGAACAUGAUCAAUUUUUCAUUA